CACACUCAGUUGACCACCGCCCGGGACACCACACCCUCUUAACCACCCAGCCUCAUCCCAUCGUAAAUUCAUUCUCUCCAGUGUGGUGAACGUUAGAAGAAAAAAAGAAUUGCAAUAUUGGAUAAUUUGCAAUGUUGAAAAUUCGCCAUAUUGGUUAAUUCACCGUAUUUGAAUUUUUGCAAUAUGGUACAGUCUUGGAUAAUUUGUAAAUACUGGAUAAUUCGUAAUACUGGAUAAUUCGUAAUACUGGAUAAUUCGUAAUACUGGAUAAUUCGUAAUACUGGAUAAUUCGUAAUACUGGAUAAUUCGUAAUACUGGAUAAUUCGUAAUACUGGAUAAUUCGUAAUACUGGAUAAUUCGUAAUACUGGAUAAUUCGUAAUACUGGAUAAUUCGUAAUACUGGAUAAUUCGUAAUACUGGAUAAUUCGUAAUACUGGAUAAUUCGUAAUACUGGAUAAUUCGUAAUACUGGAUAAUUCGUAAUACUGGAACAUCCGAGUGUUUAUAUAUCAGGACGUUCUUGAAGUCCGCCUUAGCGUGUGUUGUGCAGCUCCUGAGGUGAGGUCGAAGGAGGAGGACAACUCAACAUGUCUUCAGCCAGGGCGCCUCUUGUGGUGCUGCUGGCCGCCUCCUCCAUCUGGUUACCUCUGGCGGUGUCACAGAGUGCUGACGACUGCGCCUUCGAUAACGAGGGAGGAACUAUAUCAACGUGUAACCUGGUAAUGAAUGCUACACCCUUCAGGUUAAAAUCUUGGAAAACAGGUACUGGGAUCACCACGAAUUACAGAGGAGGACCGGGUGUUGAUGCCCAGCAGAGUAAUGAAGGUGGGUACGCGUUCGCCUCCACGUCAGAUAUGCUUCAGGAUUUCCCGUUACCUACCAAGGCCUGGAUGAUCACCAGCCCAAACAACUCAACGGAUUCACUGGGUCGCUGCCUGGAGUUUGCUUUCGCUAGUGAAGGGCUGUGCGUAGAAUCCCUAGAGGUGUUGAUGGUGAUGUACAAGACAAAUGAUGUGGACGAGAUCUUCUUCAACAACACCCUAACAAAAGACUAUCAGGUCAUGUCCCUCUGGCGAACGAGACAGUCGACGAAGGCGGAGUGGAAGAAGGCCCAGGUGACGUUCUCCGCCCCGACGCCACAUAGUCUGGUCUUCUCCGCGUCUCCCGACAAACGCUUCGCCAGUAGGGGAGGUUAUGUGGCCGUGGAUGACAUCACCUUCACCGAGGGACCGUGUUCAAAUGAGUGUUUAUUCGACCGGGAUCUGUGUACGUGGACGAAUAACGAUACCGCCGACAACUUCGACUGGAGCAUCGGACGGAGCAGUACCAAGAUAGGCACUGGGCCAUCCAAGGACCAGGGCUCCUCCCUCAACACCUUCGUCACCACAGGUGGCUACGCUUAUGUGGACAGUAGCUACCCUAGGCUGCCCGGAGACAAGGCUUGGUUGGUCUCAGCUGCUCUACAACCCACAGCCGUGCCUCUAUGUGUUAAGUUCUGGAUCAACAUUUAUGGUGGUGGUACUGGUAACUUCAGGCUCUUGUACUCUCCCGACGACGGAUCAUCAGAGAUGGAAGAGUUGUGGGGACUGUGGCAAGGAACAGGAAAGAGAACUACUGACACAUGGUAUCCCUGCCAGCAGACAGUGGCCUCUAGUGAAGAAUUCCGUCUAAUUUUCGAAGCUACUGUUGGUGUUCCCGGGGCAGGUGAUAUCGGUCUUGACACCAUUACCUUCUCUACAGGGGCGUGUCCUAGUCUUCCGCCCACCACUAGUCGCGCCUGGGGUGACUGCACCUUCUUGGAGAACACUUGCCUCUGGAGUGUGUCAAGAUGUAGUGUAAGCGGCAGCGGGUGUGACUUUCUCUCCCGGGUACAAGGCAAUUUCCAGAACCCUGCCGGCCACACCGAGAGUGAGUAUGACAUCGACGACAUGUACAUGAAGUUCGACCUCCACUGCUACAGAAACCGUCCUCGAGAAACAGCCGCCCUCGUGUCUAAACCGUUCACACUCACGUCAGAUGUCUGUCUCUCCUUCUGGGUCUACAUGUCUACGACCAUCCUCUCUCAUAUUCACAUUGGAGCACUAAGGGUUGUGUUGAUGUACGAAGCCAAGAACGUAACCGUGUGGCGACUUCAGAAUCAACAACUCACUGAUUGGACGUACUCUCAGGUCAGUAUCCCGGCAUCUUCCUCGCCCUUCAAGGUAGCCAUCGAGGGUGUACAAGGUCCUCGAGUCAUAGGUCUGAUGGCACUGGAUGACAUCGCCGUCUACCCGCUGAGCUGCCCCUUGGAGCCCGCGACAGCUGCUGUACAAGAGGCUGACUGCCCCUUUGACCAAGACCUCUGUCAGUGGAAAGUUGAAGCAGAUGGACGGUCUUCCUCCCCAACCAUGAUGUGGCACCUAGCGCUUAACAGUAAGGUGCUCAUAGACCACACCUUCAAUGCUGAUGAAGGAGGCUUCGCGUACAUCGAGUCCUUCAACACUGACCAAAAGAGCAGGAUGAAGAGCCCCUUCCUACCUGCCAACACCACCUUCUGCCUUGCCCUCUGGUUCUCUGAUAUAUAUGAAGAUAAUGCGGCCAAACUCUCCGUGAUAAGGUCGAGUGAAGGCAGGGAAGAAACACUCUGGACAGUCUCUCAAAACGUCAUCACUGAUCUGCCAGUCUCAGGGUACACCACGGCGACCUGGCGUUACGCUCAAGUCCUCCUGCCAUCACACAACACUACAUACCAGCUUGUGAUUGAGGGGGAGGUCACACGUAGCGCCUGGGCUGUGGACGAUAUCCUCUUAAUUCCUGGUCGUACUGACUGUAUCUUAAAACCAUCUUACGCCAAGGCUUGAGAUCACCAGGUGGAGAGAGAGGUAACACACGUUUCCCAAGGGCCCUACCAGGUGUUGACAGGUGUAUGAGCUGAUAGGUGUGUGAACUGGCAGAUGAGUGAUGUGAUAGGUGUGUGAACUGACAGGUGUAUGAUGUGAUAGGUGUGUGAACUGAAGGGUGUAUGAAUUAACAGGUGUAUGUACUGAUGAAACGUGUAUGAACUGACAGGUGUAUAAGCUGAUAGGUGUAUGAACUAAUAGGUGUAUGAACUGACAGGUGUUUGAACUAAAAGAUGUAUAUAAGCUGAAAAUACAAGAACAACAACAACAACAAAAGCUUUCAUCAUCCAAGUAUUUGUGUAUGAUCCAAAAAUUAUGUAUUAUACUGUAUUGCUUUGUUUACCAUAUCACUUGUAUGUGUGUGUGUGUGUGUGUGUGUGUGUGUGUGUGUGUGUGUGUGUGUGUGUGUGUGUGUGUGUGUGUGUAAAGCUGGUUAUCUUACAUAGCUCCAACAAGAAUAAAAACGAACAACAACAAAACAAUAAACAAAUAAAAUAACAAAAAUAUAAGAUAAAUAAAAUGUAAUAGAGAUUUAUCAUAACAAUAGGAUUUUUAUUUUGUUCUUAUUUUCUUGAAUAAAAAACUUUUGGAUGAUAUCAAGAG